AUGUUUAUUUCUUUGUGGGAGUUCUUCUAUGGGCACUUUUUUCGAUUUUGGAUGAAAUGGCUCUUACGACAGAUGACUGGAAAAUGUGAAUUGCAGCGAAUUUUUGAUACCUGUGUAGGUGCACAAAGGACACACAGGAUAGAAAAUUCCUUGACAUACUCCAAGAAUAAGGUUUUACAGAAAGCGACUCUUGUUGUCCAGAGUGAAGUGGACAAAUGUGUGGAAGAUAUAAUGAAGGAAAAGAAUAUUAACCCUGAGAAGGAUGCCAGUUUUAAAAUCUGUAUGAAGGCGUGCUUACUGCAGAUAUCUGGUUAUAAACAGCUCUAUUUGGAUGUAGAAAGUGUGAGAAAAAGGCCAUAUGAUUCUGAUAACCUCCAACAUGAAAAGCUGCUUCUCAAGCUUUGGAAUCUUCUAAUGCCCACGAAAAAGUUGAAGGCUAGAAUCUCCAAGCAGUGGGCUGACAUUGGUUUCCAGGGUGAUGAUCCCAAAACUGACUUCAGAGGCAUGGGCAUACUUGGAUUAAUCAAUCUUGUGUAUUUCAGUGAAAAUUAUACCAGUGAAGCUCACCAGAUUCUUUCCCGUUCAAAUCAUCCAAAAUUAGGGUAUUCUUAUGCAAUAGUUGGAAUCAACCUUACCGAGAUGGCUUACAGCUUGCUGAAGAGUGAAGCUUUGAAGUUUCAUCUCUACAACUUUGUUCCUGGUAUACCAACAAUGGAACACUUUCAUCAGUUUUAUUGUUACCUUGUCUAUGAAUUUGACAAGUUUUGGUUUGAAGAAAAGCCAGAAAGCAUUAUGUAUUUCAACAUGUAUAGAGAGAAGUUUCAUGAAAAGAUUAAAGGACUCUUACUGGAUUGUAAUGUAUCACUUACUUUAAAAAUAUGA